AUGAGGCCAGACCCCGCUGGAGGUUGUAAGCUGGUGCUGCUGCUGCUGCUGCUGGGCAUGGUGCUGACCAGGACAGGGGCAGUUCCUGUCCCCAGGCCUCUCAGUGUCUCCUCAGAUGCCAGGCACUGCCACGUGGCCCAGUUCAAGUCUCUGUCCCCAGUAGAGAUGCAGGCCUUCAAGACAGCCAAGGAUGCCUUUGUGAGUCUCCCCUGCUCCCCUCUGUCCCAGGUCCCAGCUGGGCCCACAGCAGCCCCCAGGCCCCCCAGCCACCUCCUGUCUCACUGGCUGCAGAGGCUCAACCAGGCCACCAAGAAGGAGUCCCCUGGCUGCCUCCAGGCCUCUGUCAUCUCCAACCUCUUCCGCCUGCUCACCCGGGACCUGAGAUGUGUGGCCAGGCCGGAUCUGUGUGCCUGAGCCCUCAGCCUCUCCUGCAUCCUGCCACAGAAGCCUGCAUCUCACUUCU